AGAUAAACCACACACAUCAACAGAGUGACACACAAACACACGGCACAGACUCACAGAGCGCCUCCGGUACUGCUGAGAGACAGAAUGUGGCCUCGAGACGAGCUUUUGAAGACCAUAUGGCACGCUUUCAUAGCCCUGGACGUGGACCAUCGUGGAAAAGUUUCCAAGUCUCAGUUAAAGGUGCUGUCUCACAACCUGUGCACAGUGAUGAGGAUCCCUCAUGACCCUGUGGCCCUCGAAAAACAUUUUAAGGAUGAUGAUCAAGGGCCUCUGUCCAACGAAGGCUACAUGCCUUACCUCAACAAGUUUAUUCUUGACAAGGUCCGGGAGGAUUUUGAUGUACUAGAGUUCAACAAGAUGUGCUGGACACUGUGUUACAAGAAAAAUAUCUGCACUAAACAUCUACUCAUCACAGAUGAGGAUUCUUUCAAAGUCUGGUGUAUUUUCAACUUUCUGUCAGAAGAUAAAUACCCACUAGUCAUCAUCAUUGAAGAGAUUGAGUACUUUCUGCGAAAGCUGAUGGAGACCAUGGGGACUGAAUGGAGUGAGGAGAAGUUUUCAGAUUACAAGCUGCAGCUGAACACAAAGAAGAACUGCCUGACUGCCUGGGAGCUGAUUGAAGUGGUGGGGAUGGGUUACUUCAGCAAGGGCCUGAAUCGCCAGUCCAUGUCCCUGGGCAUCAAUGAGGUCUUCCAGGAGCUCAUACUGGAUGUGCUCAAGCAGGGAUACAUGAUGAAAAAGGGCCACAAAAGGAAGAACUGGACUGAGCGCUGGUUUAUCCUUCGACCCAACUCGCUGUCAUAUUAUGUCUGUGAGGAUCUGGUGGAGCAGAAAGGAAAAAUCGUUCUGGACCAAAACUGCUGUGUGGAGUCUCUGCCAGAUAAAGACGGGAAGAAAUGCCUGUUUAUUAUCAAGUGCAUUGAUAAAAGCUUUGAGAUCAGUGCAUCAGAUAAAAAGAAGAAGCAGGAAUGGAUUCAAGCAAUUCAAACGUGCAUCCAGCUGCUGAGGUUGGGGCUGCCGUCUCCUCACCGUGAGGCCCGACUGAGGCGCAGGGAGCUCCGGCAAAGGCAGCAUGUGGAAGAGGAUCAUCUGGUGGAGAAGAUGAGGCAGCUCCAGGCAGCCAAUGAGAACAAACAGAGACAGCUGGAGGCCAUGAGGGAGAAAAUGGAAGAGGCUGAAGCUAAAGCAGCAUUAGAGGAGCACAAGAUGUUGAAGACUCAGUUAGACCUACAGGAUCGCUACAGACUGGACCUGGAGAGAGAGAAAAUGGUGCGUCAGCAGAUGGAGGAGCAGGUGGCUCAGAAGUCCAGUGAACUGGAGCAGUACCUGCAGCGUGUCCGGGAGCUGGAAGACAUGUACCACCGGCUGGAGGAGGCUUUAGAGGACGAGAGGCAGGCCAAGCAGGAUGAGGAGGCCAUGCGAAAACUACAGGCCAGGCUGCUGGAGGAGGAGGCAACAAAGAGGGCAGAGCUGGAGCAGUUCCACCUGCAGCAGCAGAGGGCGCUCUCUCAGACUGAGGCUGAGAAGCAGGAGCUGGUGGCCGAACAGCUGGCCAAGGAAAGAGAGCUGCAGACAGCCAUGCUGCAGCUGGAUAGACUGGAGAAGGAUCGGAAGGGAGCACUGGAGCAGUAUGAGGAGGUGUCGAGGAAACUGGAACGAGCAGCUAACAAGACAAAGACUUGGAAAGACAAGGUGGCCAAACAUGAGGGGUUGGUGCGUCUCAUCCAGCCAGGUCAUAAAGGACCUCAGAGGAUCACCAACUGGGGUCCAGCAUCGUUCACUGAUGCUGAGCUGGAGAUGAGGAAGAAGUCAUGGCAGGAGAGUAAGAACCAGGGGGCUCAGGCUCAGUAAAGACUCAACAUAAUUGAUGGCUCACAUAGCAAAACUGAUGAGGAAAACUCUGACUAUAAUUAAGUGUGGAGCCCAAAUUGUCACAUUUCAGGUCUGAAGAAGUUUGACAAUGUGAAUGUACUGAGCCACAGGAAAGUGUGUACAGCUUUGAUUAAUUGUGUUUUACCAGUUUUAUAACAAAAAAUCACAUUUAAGCCUCAGAAGCUGAUUCUAGACUAUGGAAGUUUUAGUCUGACAAAAAGAUCUUAAAUCAAGGUCAAUGUCCGCUUAUGGGUUUUUUUCUAGUGAUGAAAGAUCAUGUGAAGACAUCUUAAUCAUUACUAAGACAGUGAAGCAAACUUCAUCCACUGAUGAAGGCUGUCCGAUGUGGUUGAAAUCCCCUGGAAUAAAAGCCGUAAGUGGAGCAUGAGUUAAGAUUAUUUUGUCAAAAUUUUUUAUAUAAUUUUUUUAAACUUUUUUAAUUUUAGUCCAUCCUUUCUCAUUUUUUGUGCUAUGUUUAUUUUACCUGCUUGGCAGUUUUUUCAUAUUUUGUUUGUUUUAACAUUUCUUUACUUUGAGAACACACUCGCACUGAGGUGCGGCACAGUGUCAGCUUCAAGUCCAUCAAAAACUAGUUUGAUCUUUGAUCUGAACUUUUUAACCCAUCAGUGGAUAAAAAGGCUGAAUAUCCAUUGACAAUGGAGUAGUUAGAUUUUGUAUUCUUUCAACCUAACUAUCCACACCACUCUUUCAAAACACAAUCACUGCCAUCACUUCACAUUAGGAGUAACCCUAACUAAUUUAAAAGUCUCUUUGCGUUUGAACAUAUCCAUCCAACAGCUAAAUUUCCAGUACCUCUCAGAGAAAUCCUGUUAACAAAUAUAAUCCAGUGGACUCUACAGAAAUGGCUUCAGGUUGAACUCCUCAUUUAACCUUCUUAUAAACCCAGUGUGCCUCCCUCGUAAGAAGCAGCUUCUGUAAAUCUCCCCCUCUCUUUGACAAACAUACAUUCAAUUUCCCAGUGAUAUUUGAGGCUGUGUUCUAAGACACCACCCUGAUGAAGGGGAAAAUAGUGUGGUGUACAGGAGAAGAGCUGUGUGACAUGUUUUAAUUUAGAUGUUUUUGUGUUUUGACAUAAACUUGUUAUGAUGUAAACUAGUGAAAAAAUAUAUGGAGCAUUUUACUGAUACUACUGAUAUAUCUACUGGGUAUAACAGUAGAUAUAUAUUUCCACUUAAGCUCAGUUUAUUAGAUAAAGUUGAAUGAAUUGCAUCCAUUUGUCAUAACUACGAUGAUAAAAUAAAACUAAAUAAAACACCAUCUAUUUUUUAUGAAAGUCGGUGGCUGUAUUCUUUUCAGAGGUCUCUACAUUUCAUAGGUUGAGGAGAAGCUGUUUACAAAUAAAGCUUUACCAUUUCUUUCUCACUUUUA